AUGGCCUAUAUAGAAGCUCUAGAUAAGCUAUGCCUACCUCCCAAUCGAUCGAUGAUCUUUGGUGCUGCUCGAUUCCUACUUGCGCAGAGCCAUACAGAUUCUACCACACCUGCACCUGGGCUUGGAGAGCACUGGGUCAAAAGAUUUCUCAAACGCCAUCCAGAGUAUAAUGUACGCAAGCAGAAGACCAUUGAUAUAUUACGGAAACAGGCUCAUCCACCAUCUCAUAUCCUUGAUUGGUUUAACCGGUUCAAAGAAACAGUCAAUAAAUAUGGAAUUCAAGAUUGCGAUAUCUACAACUUCGAUGAAACAGGGUUCAGAAUAGGAAUUGGACAUGAUCAAUGGAUUGUAACGCGAGAUCCUCGAAGACGGGCCUAUGUUGGAAGUUCAAAUAAUAGAGAAAGUCUUACUAUCAUUGAAGGAGUUGCAACUGAUGGCUUUACCAUUCCUCCCUUAUAUAUUCUCACCGCGAAGCAGCUACAGGAGCGGUGGACAGAUGAAAUAGAGAAGGAUGCCAUGACAGCUACAUCCGACACUGGGUAUAAUAAUGAUCAAAUCUCUUUUCAGUGGAUUCAGCAUUUCCAUCGGUCUACAAAAGCUCGCACCAAAGGAACCCACCGUCUGCUUCUAUUAGAUGGAUUUGACUCCCAUUGCACCUUUGAAUUCAUGGAUUUUUGUGAAAAGAACAACAUCAUUCCCUUCUAUCUCAUCCCGCAUACGAGUCACCUAUUACAACCUCUGGAUGUUGGUGUUUUUCAAGCCUUUAAGCAUCAUCAUUCAGUGGCAGUUGAAGAAGCAACAAGACGCGGCUGUGAGAAGUUCACAAAGGUUGAAUUUCUUCAUGCUAUCACCUCCAUACGAAAAGCAACAUUCAGAGUUCAUACAAUCAAACAUGGAUGGGAAGCAACUGGCCUACUUCCAUUCAAUCCUUCAAUUGUCCUUAAUAAAUUGCGUGAAUUCGAGACUACUCCUUCAGAAUCUUCAAAUUCAGAUUCCAUGGAUUCAGAUACUUGGUAUACUCCUUCAACUGUACGCCAAUUCAACCGAUAUAAACGCAAACUCGAGGCUUUGGAAGAGGAAGAUGAAGAUAACUAUGAUGAGGACUAUAUAUAUGAAGGAUUACAGAAGCUUUAUAAGGGUAGUAUUGCAAUGGCCAAUACAGUGGCUCUUUUGCAGGAGGAGCUCUCGCAGACAACUGCCGCCUCGGCUGCUCGCAAACGCCGUCUGAACGGCUCACGGAGGGUAGUUCAUAAAGGAGGAGUCAUCUCUGCAGAUAAUAUUCGCAAAAUGACAGCUAUUCAUCAUCAGAUUGGUAUUGAGGAGGCAUUGGAGAAGUUACGGCCAAAAUGGAAGAAGGUUAUGAAGGAACUUAAGAGAUAUUGCAGAGACAAAGGCAUUUAUGUUAAUGCCACCAAAUUUACAAGGAAUUCACGGGCAAUAGUUCAUUUACAAUAUAAUCUAUUUGUAUCUAUCAAAUAUAGAUUCAUUGGUUGA